AUAGCAAGAUCUUUAUUCGUUUAAGGAGGAAAGGUGGUUCUUUGGGGAUUUGGGAAAAGAAAUUAAGGAGUUUUUGUGGGAUUCAAGAUGGAAAGGAGUGCCUUUCUGCCUUUUUGUCUCCAGGAAACAAGAAAGAGCGAAACAGCAUGCCUGCAAGAAGUCUCUUUCGGGCGUCCUGCUUGGUGCUGAUUGUCUGCCUAUGUUCUUCGUCUUCCGCCACACUUACCCCGUCUGGCAUAAACUAUGAAGUGGUAGCAUUGAUGGCAAUAAAAAUGGAAUUGAAUGACCCUUACAAUGUUUUGGAAAAUUGGGACGUCAACUCUGUGGAUCCAUGUAGUUGGAGGAUGGUCACCUGCUCAGCCGAUGGACACGUGUCUGCUCUGGGACUACCCAGUCAAAGCUUGUCUGGCAUACUGUCACCUUGUAUAGGAAAUCUUACAAAUCUUCAAUCUGUGAUGCUCCAAAACAAUGCUUUAUCCGGAUCACUUCCUCCUGAGUUAGGCAAACUGGAGAGACUCCAGACACUAGACUUGUCCAACAAUCAAUUCCAUGGCACUAUUCCUAGUUCACUUGGAGGCCUUAACAACUUGAAUUACCUGCGAUUGAACAACAACAAUCUGUCGGGACCUUGCCCAGAUUCAUUGUCCAACAUCAGAGGCCUCACUCUUGUGGAUCUUUCUCACAACAAUUUAAGUGGUUCCUUGCCUAAAAUAUCUGCAAGAACAUUUAACAUUAUUGGAAACCCCUUAAUAUGUGGAUCAGAUUUAGACAUUAACUGCUCUUCUGGAUCAGUAGUUCCACUUUCAUAUCGACCAGAAGAUCUAAAGAAUAGGUCACAACUUGGAGUCGGAGGAACAAGAAGUCGGCCUAUUGCUGUUGUAUUUGGUGCCGGUGUUGGUUUUGUUACUCUUCUAGUAAUUGUUGUUGGCUUGCUACUUUGGCGACGACGCAGACAUAAUCAACUGAUAUUUUAUGAUGUAAACGGGCGAUAUGAUCCAGAAAUUUGCUUGGGACACUUGAAGCUGUAUUCAUUCAAGGAGCUACGAGCAGCCACCAGCAAUUUCAAUUCAAAAAAUAUUCUAGGUAAAGGAGGUUAUGGAAUUGUUUACAAAGGUUGUUUGCGUGAUGGAACCGUAGUGGCUGUCAAACGUUUGAGAGACUAUAACAGCAUUGGAGGCCUUCAAUUUCAAACUGAGGUUGAAAUGAUAAGCUUGGCAGUUCAUCGACAUUUACUCAGGCUAUGCGGAUUCUGCACAACAGAGAAUGAGAGGCUCCUUGUCUAUCCUUACAUGCCUAACGGGAGUGUAGCUUCUCAACUUAGAGAGAACGUCCGUGGCAGGCCAGCUUUAGAUUGGUCAAGACGAAAGAGGAUAGCCUUGGGGACAGCCAGGGGAUUGCUGUAUCUGCACGAGCAGUGUGAUCCGAAAAUUAUCCACCGUGAUGUAAAAGCUGCAAAUAUUCUUCUCGAUGAAGAAUUCGACGCAGUGGUUGGAGAUUUCGGGCUGGCAAAACUUUUGGAUCACCAGGAAUCACAUGUCACAACAGCAGUUCGUGGGACAGUGGGGCAUAUUGCUCCCGAGUAUCUUUCGACCGGACAGUCAUCAGAAAAGACUGAUGUUUUUGGUUUCGGUAUACUAUUACUCGAACUGGUUACCGGUCAGAAAGCAUUGGAUUUUGGAAGACUUGCAAACCAGAAAGGUGUCAUGCUGGACUGGGUUGACUAUCAAGAAAAACAAUAUGCUCAAGGUGUCAUCCCUACAACAUUUAUGCGGAGAGAGGGAGCCCCCAAGGAGCGGGAACUUUUAUGCGGGCGUCUUAUAGAUCGUCCUAUUCGUCCACUAUUUCCUCACGGCUUUUACCACGAAGUUCAGGUCAUGGCGAAUGUCCUUUCUUCGGAUGGGAAGCAAGAUCCGGAUGUCAUGGCAGCUAAUGCCACAUCUGCUGCUAUUAUGUUAUCUGAUAUCCCUUGGAAUGGCCCAAUUGGGGUUAUUCGUGUGGGGAGGAUUGAUGGGAAAUUUAUUUUUAAUCCAACUAUGGAUGAGCUAAGCCUCAGCGAUCUCAAUUUGGUGUAUGCAUGUACCAAAGAUCGUACUCUAAUGAUAGAUGUACAAGCACGAGAGAUCACAGAAAAUGACCUUCAAGCUGGAUUAAAACUUGCACAUCCAGAGGCUAUCAAAUACAUAGAUCCUCAAAUUAGAUUGGCUGAAAAAGCAGGAAAGAAAAAGAGAGAAUAUAAGCUCUCAAUGAUUUCUGAUAGUGCAUUGGAGAAAAUAAGGAGUAUAGCAGAAGCACCUAUUGAAGCUGUAUUUACAGACUCAUCAUAUGGAAAGUUUGAACGUGGGGAAGCAUUAGACCUAAUCACUCAAACUGUUAAAGCAAAACUCGAAGAAGAUUGUGAUGAGGAUAGCUUAAAAGUUCUUCCAAAAGCCGUUGACAUGGUUAGGAAACAGAUCAUUCGUCGAAGGAUUAUCGAUAAAGGACUUCGAGUAGAUGGCAGAAAACUUGAUGAAGUUAGACCCUUGUAUUGUGAAUCUGGAAUAUACCAUAUGCUACAUGGAUCUUCACUCUUCUCUCGUGGAGAUACUCAAGUCUUGUGCACUGUUACACUUGGGGCUCCUGGAGACGCACAGCGAUUAGACUCAAUAGUUGGGCCACCAACAAAGCGCUUCAUGCUUCAUUACACCUUUCCCCCAUUCUCUAUCAAUGAAGUUGCUAAACGAGGUGGACUGAAUAGGCGGGAAGUUGGACAUGGAACUCUUGCUGAGAAAGCUUUGCUUGCUGUGCUACCUCCAGAGGAUGAUUUUCCAUACACUGUUCGUGUGAAUUCGGAAGUUAUGGCUUCUGACGGUUCAACAUCAAUGGCCACAGUAUGUGGAGGGAGUAUGGCUUUGAUGGAUGCUGGUAUUCCAGUAAGGGAACAUGUCGCUGGAGUUUCAGUGGGUCUUAUUAGUGAUGUGGAUCCAACCACUGGAAACAUUACUGAUUAUCGUAUACUGACAGACAUAUUGGGUCUUGAAGAUCACCUUGGGGACAUGGACUUCAAAAUUUCAGGAACUAGGAAAGGGAUUACUGCAAUCCAACUAGAUAUAAAACCUGCUGGAAUACCUCUAGACAUUAUUUGUGAGAGUUUAGAACCUGCAAGAAAGGGCCGGAUUCAAAUUCUUAAUCGCAUGGAAGAGAAAAUAAGUGCACCUCGUACAAUGGGCGAUGGAAGCACACCUAGAUUAGCCACCUUCAAACUUAAUCCUGAAUCUCUUCGGCGAUCUAUUGGUUUUUUGAAUUUUCAAAGAAAGCGGAUUGAACAAGAAACAGGUGCACGUGUUUCUGUGAGUGAUGGGACUGUCACUAUUGUAGCAAAAACUGGAUCUAUUAUGGAAAAAGCUCAAGAAAAGAUCACUUUUCUUAUAGGACGUGAAAUUGAAGUUGGUGGCACGUACAAAGGUGUUGUUUCUUCAAUUAAAGAAUAUGGUGCUUUUAUUGAGUUCAAUGGAGGUCAACAGGGUCUUCUUCACAUUUCUGAGUUGACACAUGAACCAGUAUCAAAAGUUUCUGAUGUUUUAUCUGUUGGACAAGAGUUGUCUGUAAUGUGCAUCGGACAGGAUUUAAGGGGAAACAUGAAACUAUCUUUGAAGGCUACGAGCCCAAAGAAAAGCUCUGUAGAUAACCAUGAUCCUAUUUCAGCAAAACAAUCAGUGAAUGUUUGGGCCUCACCAUCAGAGAAUGUAGCCACCUGCACAGAAAAUCUCGAGUCAACAGACGUUGUACAAGGUGAAAGUAAUGAGAUUCAAUCCAUCACAGAUUCAUCUCCAGCAGUAGUAAUACGGAGUGUUGCAGAAUGUGAAGCUCAGGAAUUUGCUGCAGGUCGAGUUACCCAAACCACUCUUCGAAGGCUUAGCAGAUCUCCUAGGCCUUAUGAUUCAUCUCAAGAUGCUGGGAAGUCAAAUUUGCAGAACAGACAAAGCAAGAAAGAGAAAAAUGUUUCCAAUGGAACCAAAGGUAAGGCUGGUACCAUACAAGGAAGUGUUUCCCACACAGGAGGUGAGAAACCUAAACCCAGCGUCCAAGCAGGUUCACUGAAGAUUGGUGAAAAACUGAUAGCAAAGAUUUGUCAGAUCCGUGCACAUGGUUUAGUACUCGAACUAAGUAGUGGAAUUCGGGGAAUGUACAAAUUUGAGGUGAAUGGUAAAAGGGAUUUCGAGUUAGGCAAAGAGCUUCAGGUGAGAUGUUCAAGCUUUUCUAUCAAGGGAAUUCCAGUCUUUGCACUUUUGGAGAAUUGAGUGAUAUUGCUAUUGAAGCCUUUCAUGUUCACUAUCACAAGUCUUCAAGGGAUAAGAUUACCAAAGGGAACAAGGGAACAAGGCUAAUACAUUCCUAUUUAAUUACCGUAUAUAAAGAUGAAUGUAUAAAGCUAAUACAGCCAUGAAUUCUUUGCAAUAUCCACCAGGAAUCACAGGAUAAAAUGAAAUCAUAACUGAAUCAUGUUGUCUUCAAA